AUGUCAGGUGCCAACGAUGCCGUCAAGCCAGGGCUACCUCAGCAUAUUCCCCUCGAGGAGUUCGAGAAAAACAUCCGAUACAUGGUCGAGCAGCUGACCUCGUCGGACUCGAAGUACGCCACCGCCCAUGAGAAGGGCUUCAAUGUUGUGCUCGUCACGCCGCCGCCCAUCCUGCUCAGCAUGACGGGCAACGACGAGCGCAUCCCCGAGCGUACGAAGCAGUACGUCGACGUUGUUGCCAAGCUCGCGGACGAGUUCAAGAGCAAGCAGAAGGAGCACGACAACUGGCGCAUCGGUCUCGUCAACAUGUACGACGCCAUCAUCGCUGCGGCCGGCGGCGACGGCGAGGAGAUGCGUCCGUACCUGGCCGACGGGCUGCACCUCACAACACAAGGCUACGGCGUCUUUUGGGACGAGUACACCAAGCUUGUGCGAGGCGAGUUCAAGGGCCGCGGCCUUGACUGGGACGACUGGAGCGAUCUCCCUCCCCGGAUGCCGAACUGGCAAGACGUCGACCCCAAGCAUCCCGAGCACCUGCCGGACCAGAUGAAGCUCCCUCCCAUCCGGGAAUCGGACGCGUUUGACAAGGAGGCCCGCGAGCUGGACAAGGAGCAGCCACCCCAGGAGACCAAGACUGGUAAGGGCUGCACGUAUCUUUAG